GGAAGUCUCGCGAUGCCCUAGCCGGCUGCUCCCGCUGCGGGUGGCUCGGGGUGUUGCUGUGGUUGCCUGAGUUGCUGCGGCGUAUGUGGCGCUGGUGGAGGUGCCGGCUCCUGGGCGGAUGUUGACAUUGUGUUGUUGUUAUUGCCGAUGGUAAUGGCGGCGGCGACCAGCAGGAUCCCCUCUCCUCAGUAGCCGGAGCCGAGGGAGUCCGGGCAGCCGAGCCAGCCGAGAGCGAACUCCGCGGCCUCGGAGCCGCCGCCGCCACCUCGCCAAGCCGGUGCCCGGCGCCAGCCCUUGGAGUCAGGCCCUGGGCAGGGGGCUGCGGGCGCAGGAUGGCGGAUUUCGACGAGAUCUACGAGGAGGAGGAGGACGAGGAGCGGGCCCUGGAGGAGCAGCUGCUCAAGUACUCGCCGGACCCGGUGGUGGUCCGCGGCUCGGGUCACGUCACCGUAUUUGGAUUGAGCAACAAAUUUGAAUCAGAAUUUCCUUCUUCAUUAACUGGAAAAGUAGCGCCUGAAGAAUUUAAGGCCAGCAUCAACAGAGUUAAUAGUUGUCUUAAGAAGAGCCUUCCUGUUAAUGUCCGUUGGCUGCUUUGUGGCUGCCUUUGUUGCUGCUGCACUUUAGGUUGCAGUAUGUGGCCAGUUAUUUGCCUCAGUAAAAGAACACGAAGAUCGAUUGAGAAGUUAUUAGAAUGGGAAAACAAUAGGUUAUACCACAAGCUGUGCUUGCACUGGAGACUGAGCAAAAGGAAAUGUGAAACGAAUAACAUGAUGGAAUAUGUCAUCCUCAUAGAAUUUUUACCAAAGACACCGAUUUUUCGACCAGAUUAGCAUUUACUUUAUUUAUAGAGACUUUCCAAGUAUGUUGUCUUUCCAAUGGUGCCUUGCUUGGUGCUCUCCUGGUGGUGACAUAACAUCGGUUCUACAGAACUAUGUGGUGUUUUUUUUUUUUUUUUAAUAAGUGCAUGUUCUAUGUGUGCAUAUUUGUCAAACUUUGCAAGUUAUUUCAUACAGAUGUUUAAUACUUAAGUUAUUGUGCUCUUUUCUGUUAUGUAUUCUGAUUUUCAAGAAUUACUUUUUUGUAUUCUCAAAAAAAUACAUUUGAACUUAGCAUAAAAAGUGGCCAGCCUUUUUUAUUUUAUCACCAAGGUACAUACAGCCCUUUAUUUAUAAAUUCCUUAAUAGAGAAAAACACCUUUGUAAGGCUUUACUUACCUAUCCUAGGAAACAUAUUCAUUGUAUUAUUUUUCUUUUUAAUAAUUAUUUUAAAAUAAUAAUUUUUCUUUAAUAGCCUUUUGGAACCCAACAUGUCUUUUCUCAUACAAUUUGUAGUGCUUUGUUUACAGCAGAUGUAUCUGUUAACAUAUAGAGACCUAUCAAAAAUUUAAAAAAUACUUCUGUCUUCAAAGGUGUUAAGGCAGGAUUAUUUUUAUUAGGCUAGAUAAAUCAGUGAAUGGUAUGCAUGCAUCUAAUGGUUACUAUAGCUCAGGAUCACAAAAUAUAGUAGCAUUACAAUCUGUAUAUUUUUUAUCAAGAUGAUAUUAAUAAUGGCCUUACUUAGGUUAUUUUUAUUGUUCAUCAAACCUUAUAUACAAAAGUAUGGAAGUAACAACUUUUAAAAAUUUCUAAGGAAACUAUUUCUCCCAAUCUAACACAGUUCCAGAAUGAAUAUGUUUCUAAAGAGUUUUGGAAAGAAAGAAAACUUCUAGAAUUAAAAGUAAGCUGGUCUUCAGUACCCCAUUGAUAUUUUACAAUGAUUAUUACUAAGAAAUGGAGGACAUAUUAGUACUGUGUUUACCCAUUCACUUUCAAUCUGUUUAUAUAUGCUUUGAUUGAGUGACAUACAAGUCUGAGUCACAUUAGCUUAUUGCUUUUAAAUAUACAUGGACACAUAUACAUGUACACAUACAUAUUUUUCCUCCUUUUGGUUGUACAUAUCUCCAUGCAUUUUUAAACUUUUAAAAUUUCUGAAUGACCUCUGUUAAUUUUUGUUUUUUAUAAGCCUGCAAUUACACAAGUUUUAAUGUGUGUCAAGAACUUGUUCCUUGCAACUGUGGUAUCGAGCAAUAAUGUGAAUAACUUUUGAAAUUAUAUAAACUAUGCUUAAUAGUUUGUAUUAAGAAUUGGUACCACUAUACAAUACCUUUUUUCCUUGUAUUAAAUCUUUUAAAUACCAGUUUCACUAGUUUAUGUAAAUGUAUUUUUAAAAAAUAUAUUUCUUUGUACUUCUCUAAAGUACUGUACUUCUAUAUAAAUUUGAAUAGUUAAAUGCCAGUAUCAUAUACCAUAUAUCCUAAUGUCAUAUAUCAGACAUUAGGAACUAUCUUAGAGCACUUUUUUGUCUGAGAAUUACUUAUUUUCAUUGGCCCCCUAAACAUAACUUGAAUUUAUAGAGCACUAUUUCCACGAAGAGCUCAAAGUUCAAAGAAUUCAUUCCUCGCUUUUAUUUAGCUUGUAUCAGAAUGUAUCUUACUACCUUAAAGUAGUACAAUUCUUUUGUUUUAGAUAGGGUCUCACUAUGUGGUUGCGGCCGGACUUGAACCCAGUAUGUAGCCCAGGCUGGCCUUGAACUUUCAGUGACCUCCUGCCUCAGCCUCCUGAGUGUUAGGAUUACAGGCAUGUGCCACCACUCCUGACCUGAAGUAGCACUAUUAAAAUUAAUGCUAUUCAAAAACUCCAGUAUUGCGCUGUGGUUUCAGUGUGAAAAAUAAUGUAUCUUCAUAUGGCUAUGUGGACUGCAACACAGUGUUUCUGUGUAGAGUUGUGUAAAUCCAUAGUCCUGCAGUGACCAGCUUUGUAAGAACUUAUUAGGCAUCAUUUUUCUUGUUAGCCAGUGAUAAUUUCAAAAUUAGUAUAUUCCUUUAAUAUUUUAACAUAAUUUUUAUACUUGUUAUUAGUACAAGAUUUUGAAACACUUUUGUAACUUUGGGAGGUGUGUCACUUGCACUCUUACACCCUGUAUCUGUAGAAAAGAACCCUGAAUGCUUAAUCUGUGGCAUUACGUAAGCCACUUAUACCUUAAACAAUGCUUUGAGCUUUCAUUAGUAACCUCCAGUGUGUUGUCUUGAGUCAUGAAUUUAAGUGCUUAUGUUACUGAAAAUUAGAAAUGUCAAAGAAUCCCAUGUUACAUGAGUAUCAGUCCAAGAAAUGGUGAUUGUCCUUUGGACCCUAUUGUGAUUUACAGUUUGUAUUGCAGGACAUGAAUCAUAGCUCCUUUUAAACAGGCUGAGAAAAGAUACUGGCAGAAAAUGUAGCAUACACAUCCUACAUAGGCUAAGUAAGUAACUUCCUGUCUCUUUUUGUCCCUUACCAGCAUUUUACAGGCAGUCACCGUUCCUGUUUAAAAACAUUCUUUUCUCAAGUAAUAUACUUCACAAAUCCACCCAUCCCACAAUCCAUGACUAUGGAUGUCCGAGUUAAAACAGAUGCUCUUAAAAUGUCUAUUGUGUUUAGGAAAACUGAUGUGAAACAUUGGGCUUGAGUAGACACCGUCUUCCUUGCAAGGUGGUUGCUUAUCUGUCUAAAAUGUUCAUCACAUUUUUUAUUAAGACUCUUUAGUGACUAGACAUAGAUAUCAGUCAUUUAAAAUGGAAACACAUAAUUUUGGUCUAAAAUCCACAAAAUAAAUUUAACAAAACUUGGAAUAAUAGAAAGUAAUUUCUUAUUAGAAAAACUAGCUUUUUUAUUAGAUAAUUUUAAAUCAGGAAGAACCACAUUUCUCCAUGGUUGUAUUUUCACUAUUAUUUAUAGUUUCUGUUUGUUUCUUUAGGUUAAUAAACAUAGGCCAGCCAUAAAAGACUUUGACAACAUUCCAAUUGUUGGUUGUAAAAUUAUAUUAAAUAUGUAUAUUUAGGUCCCGGU